UUCGGUCCCAACUUUCGCUCUACCUAUCCAGAGGUCGGGAAGUUCUGCAGAGUGAAAAAUAGAUUGGCUAAGACAUGUCGAGGAAGUCAGGAGCCAUGUAGCUGCGAAACGUUUAUAAAUACUUUCUGAUCGCGGCUGGCAGUUAAAUGUGAACGCUGUUUAUUCCGCCAUGAGUGUGCGCAGGCGAAGGGCGAGUUUUAUUUCUGCAGGAGUUCAUUUUAUCGCGAUACUCGGCCUCUCAGUGGCUUUUAGGCAGAGUCAGGACAUCGAGUUCACCUUUCUCCUGCCUCCCGGAAGAGUGGAGUGUUUUUACCAACCUGUCGCGAAAAACGGCUCCAUGGAGGUAGAAUACCAGGUGAUCGCAGGUGCUGGGAUGGAUGUGGACUUCACCAUUGUCUCUCCCCACGGGUACCUGCUGACCUCAGACUUCCGCAAAUCAGACGGGAUCCACACCGUGGAGCCCACUGAGGAAGGGGACUACAGGAUCUGCUUUGACAACAGUUUCAGCCGGGUGUCAGAAAAGAUGGUGUUCUUCGAGGUGAUCAUGGACGGGCAGGGGGCUGAGGGGGGCGGGGACGACGAGUGGGCCGACAUGGUGGAGCCAGAGAGCAUGCUGGAGUACAAGCUGGAGGACAUCCGGGAGUCGGUGGAGUCUGUGCACAGGCGGCUGGAGCGCAGUCGGCAGGUGCAGACGCUGCUGCGGGCGUUCGAGGCGCGGGACAGGAACCUGCUGGAGGACAACCUGUGGCGCGUGUCUUUCUGGUCCUGCGUCAGCCUGCUGGUGAUGCUGGGCGUGGCCCUGACCCAGGUCUACACGCUGCGCAGCCUCUUCCAUGACAAGAGGAGGGUGCACACGUAGCCCCGCCCCCGAAGAACCCCAGGGAGGGAGGAGGCAGCGAGUGCACGCUUCCCGGUGACGAACAAAGAGAAGGAUGAGGAGGAUGAUGAAGAUGCCCC